AGCUGUUCGCCACAUUUAAUACAGCUAUUGAAGUAGUAACUUCGGUGAAUUUAAUUUUCGCUAAAAAUACUCGCAAGAAAAUUUUUUACAUUAAUCGUCGUGCUAUUUUAUCGCCGACAAAAUUAUUCUCGUAUAUCCUUAUAACAUCCUUGUAUAUGUGUGAUCUUAAUUUCGAAUUUAUAUCGUUCCUUGUAUGUGUGACCUUAAUUUCGAAUUUAUAUCGUUUCUAUAAUUUUAUAAUAUAAAUAGCGUGAUGAGUUCACUGGGUCUACCGAGUGUUUUGGUUACUAGCUAUGCAACGCCGACAAUCGGCAUCGAUUUGCUUCAACCAAAAUGCAAUCUCACUAUUAUGCCAGGUGUUGAAAAUACUCGGGAACAAGUACUAAAAGCUCUACCUGGACAUGAUGCUGUCUUUCUCGUCGGCCAUCAUAAAGUUGAUAGCGAGUUCCUGGAUGUUGCAGGUCCAAACUUGAAAGUCGUAUCGACAAUGUCAGCCGGUUACGAUCACUUAAAUGUCCCUGAAAUUAAAAGAAGAGGAAUCAAGAUCGGGCACACACCGAAGGUGGCGUCGGCUGCAGUUGCGGAAAUAGCUAUACUUUUAAUGUUAUCUGCUGCGAAACACGCCUAUGAGGGUCGCGCGGCGCUAGAACAGAAUCAAGUAAAAUCUGGACCGCAAUGGCUAUUGGGACAGGAAUUACGAGGCUCGACAGUCGGCAUCUUUGGUUUGGGAAAUAUUGGUCAAGCGAUCGUUAAACGAUUAUUGGCCUUCGAAGUGGAACGCUUUAUCUAUACCGGACAUUCGCGCAAAAAAGCAGGUGAUGAACUUGGAGCAAUAUUUGUAUCUUUCGACGAUCUUUUGAAGCAGAGUGAUUACUUUGUGGUUGCGGCUCCUUUAACUAAUGAAACGAAAGGACUUUUCGACGACAGUGUUUUUGAUAAAAUGAAAAAAACAUCCAUCUUCGUGAAUAUAGCUCGCGGUCAAAUUGUCAAUACCGAUUCGCUUGUAAGAGCUCUCCGUAAUAAGAAGAUAUUUGCUGCCGGGCUGGAUGUUACUGAUCCGGAACCGCUACCACCGUAUCAUGAACUUCUUAAACUACCUAAUGCCGAAAUUACACCACAUUUGGGCAGCGCAACGACCAAGACCCGCAACGAUAUGUCGACGAUUGCAGCACAGAAUAUUCUUAAUGGUCUUGAGGGCAAGCCUUUAGUUUAUUCUUUAUAACAAAUUUUUCUAACAUAAUUUUCCUUCUAUAUAUAUUUCUUUUUCUAGUUAUAAAUAUAUACAUAUAUUUAAUUAAAAAAAUUAAUGUUAUAGAUAAUUUAACUUUUGUCUCUAGCAGAUACCAGAUUUUUUCCAAUAGAACACAAUAAAUACAGGCGAAAAUGCAAUAUAUAUAUAAUAUAUAUCUAAAGCACAUAUCUUAUACUCAUGUAACGAACAAAAGAAAUAGAUUGUGUGAAAUAGAACAAAUAUCUAUUUAUA